CUGGAUUGAUAACCCAAGCUCACCAGUUUUGUUUUGGCGGAUACUAUCAGAUUUUGUGGUCUGAGUGAGAUCAACUUGAUGAUAACAUGGAGACUUGGAGAGUUGGGAAUUCCCAGAAUUUCAACAAAUACUCAAAUUCUGUUCUUUACCUGCGAUCUCGAAAGGAGAAUGGGGAGUUCACUAUACAACCCCGUGUAUCCUUCGCUGCCGCUUCUGCCUUCUUCCCCAAAACGGGCCCCUUCUGGAAAAUCGAAUUCAAGCUUUUCGAACCUUCACAUUUCCGAUAAACCAAGGCCGAGAAGGGUUAUUUCCAUGAAUAGUAAGGUUGGUUCCGUGGUUGAUUCUCAAGCCGAAAAGCGGCUCUAUCUCGGCAUGGAUUUUGGUACUUCCGGAGCUCGCUUUGCACUGAUUGAUGACGAUGGAAAUAUGCGCGCCGAAGGAAAGAGAGAAUACCCUUUGUAUAUGAAGGAGGAAGCAGUGGAUUGGCUACGAUCUUGGAAAGAAACUCUCUUCUCACUUCUUGAAGAUGUGCCAGCUGGUCUUCGCCCUUAUGUUGCAUCUAUUUCUAUUGAUGGGACUUCUGCAACUACUGUCAUAUUAGACAGCACUACCGAAGAACCAUUAUCUAAAGCAUUCCUCUAUAAUGAGAGUUGUCCUGAUGCUUUGCCAACAGUGAAGUCUAUUGCCCCUCCGAACCAUACUGUCUGCUCUGGAUCUUCUACUCUUUGCAAACUUGUCUCUUGGUGGAACUCUUAUGAGUCUAGUAAGAAGUCUGCAGUUUUGUUGCAUCAUGCCGAUUGGUUGUUGUGGCUUCUACAUGGCAAGCUAGGAGUUUCUGACUACAACAAUGCAUUGAAGGUUGGCUAUGAUCCCGAAGCUGAGUCCUAUCCACGAUGGCUGCUUUCUCAACCAUAUUCUUAUCUUUUACCUUCUGUGCAAGCACCUGGAGAUUCAAUUGCUUUUAUAAAGGAGGAUAUUAAAAGACUUUAUGGGUUCCCCCAAGAUUGUGUUGCCUGCGCUGGAACCACUGAUAGUAUAGCAGCCUUCAUUGCAGCACGCGCUACCCAACCUGGAAAAGCAGUCACAUCUUUGGGUUCAACUCUUGCUAUUAAACUACUUAGCACUAAAAGGGUAGAAGAUGCUCGGUUUGGAGUGUAUAGCCAUAGACUCGACGAUAAAUGGCUCGUGGGAGGAGCUUCAAACACAGGCGGAGCUGUUCUAAGGAAACUCUUUACGGAUGAGCAGGUUGCGAAACUGAGCGAGCAGAUCAAUCCCUUAGAACCCUCCCCUCUCGACUACUAUCCCCUGCAAACAGUCGGUGAAAGAUUCCCCGUGGCAGAUCCAAAGCUCGAGCCUAGGCUACACCCACGUCCAGAGGACGAUGUCGCAUACUUGCAUGGCAUUCUUGAAUCCAUUGCUCGCAUCGAGGCAAAGGGGUACAACUUGUUGAAGGAGCUUGGAGCAACCCCUGUUGAAGAAGUACUUACGUCGGGUGGCGGCUCGAAGAAUGAAAAAUGGAUUGAGAUUAGAGAAAGGGUGCUGGGUAUACCUGUACGCAAGGCACUUCAAACUGAAGCUGCCUAUGGGGCUGCAUUGCUAGCAAUGAAGGGUGCACGUCAAACUAAGGUUGUUCUAACAUGACAAUAUAAAAUGGGUGGUGUUAGAGUGUUCGAGUAAUCCUAAAAUUAUAUUUUAGUUUGUCAAAGUGUACGAGAUUAAUCGUACUUGCAAUUGCCAGGUUGUAAUGCCUGUCCGACAACUACUUUUACGGUCACUGCCGGACUUGAAUGUAUAUGUUUCGGAAUCUUACAUUAAAGUGAAAGAAUUAUAUAUGUUCUUAUUAGGGUUGAA